GUCAAGUCCAGUACAUGCCAAUGCUCCUCGAGAGCUCACCAUGCAUGAUUUGGUGCAUGAUCUUGCGACAAUAAUUUUGGGCCAUGAAUCCGUUGUUCUAAGUGCUACCGAGCAGAGGAGUAGGAAGAAAGCAAAACGUCAUUAUUGUCGACAUGCACAGUUGAUCGACUACGAGAAUCAGUGUAAGGUUUUCAAUGAUCUGCCAGGCAACAUCAGAUCCUUCCACGUAAGACAUUCAGAGAAACAGCAGCUCCCCCGAAAGGCAUUUUCCAGAACUAAGUAUAUACGGGUCUUGGACCUAAGUGGAUGUUUAGUUGUGGGGCAAUCUACUCCAAGCAACAUACUUUUGCCAUCUUCCGUGCUUCAGUUGAAGCUACUUAGGUACCUCGAUGCCUCUAGCUUGCCAAUUACAUCACUUCCGGAGUCUUUCCAUACACUUCAAAAUAUGGAAACUCUAAUUCUGUCCAAUUGCGCACUUGAAACUUUGCCUGACAGUAUCUGUAGCCUCAACAAACUCGGUUAUUUGGACCUAGCUGGCAAUUCGAGGUUCAAUAAGCUCCCUGAUAACUUUCAUCUUCUUAGUAAACUCAUAUUCCUAAACAUGUCAAGUUGUUCCAAGCUAACCAAACUUCCGGACAAUUUUAGCCUAGAGUGUUUAGAGCAUUUAAACCUACCAGCUUGUCAUGAGUUAAAAAACCUUCCACAAGAUUUCGGCAAUCUUCAAAAUCUUAGGUUCUUGAACCUUUCUGGUUGCUACAAGAUUUCAUUUCUGCCAGAAUCAUUUUGCCAACUGAAGCAUUUGAAAGACCUAAACCUUUCAGAUUGCCGUGCCCUUAUAGUACUCCCUGAAUGUUUUGGUGACCUUUUAGAGCUUGAAUCUUUAAACCUAACAAGUUGUCCCAGACUAGCACAGUUGCCCGAGUCAAUCUGCAAGAUGACUAAUCUCAAGUGUCUCAAUUUGUCAUAUUGUUUAGGGAUGUUAGAGCUCCCCUCCUCACUAGGUGAUCUUAAUCUCCAAAUAUUGGACAUUUCUGCUGGUGCUCUCAUUCACUUGCCAGAUAGCAUCAGUAAAAUGGCUAGUCUCACCGAAUUUGUGGUCACGUCAGGACAUCCUAGGGUGUUUGGAGAAGCCCAGGAAAUAAAGAAGAUUCUAAAUUUGCCAGGCCGCACAGUACACACAGUAUGCAAGACACCUUCAGGAGACAACAGUAUAGUGGAGCUUGCACAUGAGAAUUGUCGUGAGCUGUUAAUUGGAUCUCUUCAGUGUGUCGAGAAACCAGAAGACGCAGAGAGAAUCAAGCUGCGUGAUAAAACAUGUCUUCGGCAGCUAGCUCUCCAAUGGAACAAGCGGAAUAUGAAGGCUGAUGCAUGUUCGGCUGAAUCUAUUCUGGAGAGGCUCAUACCAGCUCGAAAUCUUGAACAGUUUAUGAUACAAGGGUAUACAAGCAAGGGUUUCCCUAACUGGAUGUCACACAUAUCCUCCCACCUCCCUUCCGUUACCUAUCUGAGUCUUUUUGAUUUAGGUGCAUGUGAUAAUCUUCCUCCGUUUGGGCAGCUACCAAAUUUAAGAAGUCUAUAUCUGCAGAAAAUUCCCAACGUCACGAAAAUUGGCAAGGAAUUCUAUGGAGAGGGUGGAACCUGUACAAAAUUAAGAUUGCUACAGUUGAAGUUGAUGGAAAAUUUGGUGGAAUGGUGGACAACACAGACAGGCGAAGACAAUGGAGAAUUUUUAAUCCCUAAUUUGCACAAUCUAGAGUUGAAGGACUGCCCAAAGUUGAAGUUCGUACCAUAUCCCCCCAGAAGUAUGUUUUGGUGCUUGGACAAUAGCGAUGAAGUUUUGGCAGGACUAAGAUUUGGGAAACUCUCAUCUUCCACUCUUCCUUGUCGGAUGGGUAUA